CGCGAAGACCCGCAAAUCGCGGAAGCAGAGCGCUCCCUCAUUGGGCAGACGGAUUUACCGCUGGAGUUCCGCAUUUUUUUCCUUUUUUUUUUUUUUUUUUUGAGGAGACCGGAAGUGGAGUCACUCAGAGGUAGCCAGAAAUGGAAAGAAAAGUAAGCAGAAUCUGUCUGGCUUCUGAACCCAACGUAACUUAUUUUCUGCAAGUGUCUUGGGAAAGAACAGUAGGAUCUGGCUUUGUUAUUACGCUUACUGAUGGCCAUUCAGUCUGGACUGCAGCAGUCUCUGAAUUGGAGAUUUCCCAAGAAGCUGAUGACAUGGCUAUGGAGAAAGAAAAAUAUGUGGAUGAGCUGAGAAAAGCUUUGGUGUCAGAGUCAGGAGCAGCUGACACGUACAAGUUCACCUUUUCUAAAGAGUCCUGUCGUUUCUCUCUUGAGAAGGAACUGAAAGAUGUUUCAUUCAGACUUGGUUCCUUCAACCUAAACAAAGUUACAAAGCCAACUGAAGUCAUUCGAGAACUCAUUUGUUACUGCCUGGACACCAUUGCAGAAAAAGAGGCCCAAAACGAACACCUACAGAGAGAAAAUGAAAGACUCCUAAGAGAUUGGACCGAUGUCCAAGGCCGAUUUGAGAAAUGUGUAAGUGCCAAAGAAGCCUUGGAGGCAGAUCUGUAUCAGCGAUUUAUCUUGGUGCUGAAUGAGAAGAAAACAAAGAUCAGAAGUUUGCAUAAAUUGUUAAAUGAAGUCCAGCAGCUGGAAAAGAGUGCCAGAGCUGAAAGGGAAACUACAUGUUCUGAAAAAACACCUGACCACGAUACAAUUUACGACGCGAGCACUGAUGAAGACAGUGGGGCUUCAGGGCCGGCUGCAGCCACGUGUUGUAAAGAUGAUUCCUUAUUUUCAAGUCCUGAUGUCACUGACAUUGCACCAAGUAGGAAGAGGAGACAUCAAAUGCAGAAGAAUCUUGGGACGGAGCCUAAAAUGGCACCACAGGAGCAGCAGCAACAGGAGGAGGAGAGGCUUGACUCUUCACUGCCUCAGACCUUAAAAGAAGAGAACACCUCAGCUGAAAACAUGUCUUUAGAAACCCUGAGAAACAGCAGCCCAGAAGAUCUUGAUUAGAUAUAAGCACUAGAACUCAACUUUGGUAUUCAUCAAAGUUUGUUCUCUAUUCAGUUCUUUUAAAUGGAAAGACAGGCUUUCAACUUAGCAGCAAUGGUCUGUGUCUUCCAACUUCACUAUAUGCAUCCAAUGAAUUACACAAAUAUCAGCCAAACUGAAUGACAGAGGGACACUUUCCUCAACCAUUCAUGUUGUUUGUUAAAUCUGAGUCUUGUUACAAGGGACACAUUUAUCAUAUUUGUUUACAUAAUAUUCUAACUUUCUAAUGACUCUUGGAAGAUUUUGGAAAUAGGGGAAAAAUAUCUGUUCUAAAAGUUUCCAAUUCUUUAUUAAUUGUACUUUAAGCAACAUGUUUGAACAUUUUAAUUUAUGACAUGACAUAUAUAAAAUAUAUCAUUAUCUUGUAUGUAAACAAUUGAAAACCUGGUUGUUAAUAAAAGCAUGUGUUCUUAAAGGAA